UACGAUUUUACAAACAAAGCAAAGUGGAGUAGGUGCUGUAGUUUCACUCUCUCAGUCAAACACACUUCAACUGCAACACAUCACACCUACCCAACUCUAAAUCGGUCGGCAAUGUUUGUGCUGAAGGCUUAGCCUGGGUAUUUUGUUAAAAAGAUAAAAACGAGGCAGAAGUGUGUGUGCACCUCUGUUGUUACUGACUGUUACUGUUGCCUGUUGCAGGUUUUCCCGGAAAGAUUGUAUUUUAUCAGAGAAUCAAAUAUAUAAUAGAUCUAGAUCUAUAUCUGUAUGUGUAUCAUCAUCGAUGAAGUUUAAAUUCCAUUUCCAUUUAAUUAAUUAUUAAUUCAUGAUACAAAAUCUUCAGUAUGAAUGAGGAUCAAAGUAGCAAAGAGGAGCUACAGAAGCGACAUUAUGUUCUGUUGAAUGAACUACAGAACAUGGCCAGAGAAUUGCCAGGGAAAUUUCAGCAGCGUCUCCCUUAUGAUCUCCUGUCUUCGCUAGCCAAAGCUCUGCUGGAUGGAACUGCCUUUGAGAUUGUCAAGGGUUUGGAAGAAGUGCAACACCUUGAGGAGAAAAGUCUCUUUACCCAACGGCUGAAGAUGAUUAAUGACCACAAAUCACAACGGCAUGAAAUGAAGAAGAAGCACAAGGAACUACUGAUGGCCAAUCAGAACAAGCCACACAACCUCCCGCUUCUAGUGUCUCAAGUGGAAAGAGAACGAGAGACCCAGGAGCGUCGGUUUGAGGAGGAGAUGAAGCGUCGAGAUGUGAAGAUAAUCCUGGAACUUGACCAGAAACUGAUGGAUCAGCAGAGCAUGCUGGAGAAGGCCGGUGUGCCAGGGUUCUACGUCACCAACAACAGGCAUGAUGUGCGACUACAGAUGUAUUUGUUGGAGUUCAUCGUGCGUCUGGCUGCGGAAGACCAGGGGAUGUAGCUUUGGAUGUUCUGGAAGGUUUUUUUUGGUUUUUUUACGAUGUUUCAUAUAUAAUAUAUGAGCAAUUGCCAAAACG